UGUGACGGGGUCCUGACAGGCAGCUGGUUGGAGCUCAGUUAGUUGACUUUCAGCUGAUGGAGGUUUAAUGGCUCGAUAGAUACGUAGUGCCGUGUUUAUUUUAACAGAAACAAACAUGAAUUUCCUCAGGUCUCGUCUUUCCAUCGGAAACUUCAUAGGUCAGAGGUGCAGACAGGUGACUGAAACAUGGAGCCAUAGAGGGAUGUGCAGUAAACCACAGGAGGCCAAAGCAGAGCCUCCACCACCUGCAGUCCCAGCACAAGCACCUCGCGCCGGGUUCAAAAUCCCAGGCUACAAACCCUCAAAUAUGGACAAGAAGAUCCUUCUCUGGUCGGGACGUUUCAAGACAGCAGACCAGAUACCAGAGUUUGUGUCGUUUGAGAUGAUUGAUGCUGCCAGAAACAAAGUCAGAGUGAAAGUCUGCUAUAUCAUGAUGGCGGCCACAAUAGGGGCCUGUCUGGUGAUGGUGUUCCUGGGCAAACGGGCUGUGGGCAGACACGAGUCCCUGAUUGGUCAAAACAUGGAGAAGAAAGCAAGAUGGAGGGAGGAGCAAAGACAAGAGAAGGAAGCUGCUAUUGCUCUGUCUGAGAAGGCUCAGUAACGGAAGACGACUAUUCCCUGUACAGCUCCCACAUCUUCAGCGCUCCCCACUCCCAUCCUGCAGCCACUGAAAGAUAUCAGAGCAACUGAUGCAUAAUAUGGAGAGUGACCUUGACACAGAGUAAUGGAUUAUUUAAUAAUUUCCGAAAUCCAAUGUAAGGUGUGAUCUUUUAAUUGAAUAAAUAGAGGUACCUGUUUUUAGAGGAGGGCAAGGAACACGAGCAUGACUUACUUUGUACUGUGAUGGAGGUUUAAGGAAUUUAAAAUGAAUUCUUGGCAUUACACAGACGCAUGAUUUUCUCAGGAGAAUCAGUUGAACGGGUGCACCAAUCAAGUUCUUUUUCAAUGCUUCUAGUAAACUUUUAAUAUAUACCUCUCAAACUCUCCAACAAUAUGCCUUAGGUGUCCUGUUAAUUUGCCUGAGUCUGCCUUGUGAAGACAGCUCAGCCCUCAAGGGUUUCAAACACUCUUUAGUUUUUUUUAAGAGACCGUCGGUAAGUGGAUCAGGUGUAAUUCAUCAUGCUCAUGGGUCUGUCGUGUCUGCAUAUUAAUGUAAUAAGGCUGGUUUUUAAUGACUGAUGUCACAUCGAUGUUUGUAUAUAGUCAGCACCAAAAAAAAAAAAAAUUCAAUAAAGUACCGCCUCUUGGGAAUUCCCAUCUGA